AUGUUUACUGGUCUCGUUGAAACCAUUGGCACUGUUGCCGCCCUUGAGAAGCUCGACCAGACGGCCUCGGGAGGCGGCGGGACAUCAUUGACCAUUUCCGGAUGUGAAGACAUACUGGGUGACGCCCAUUUGGGUGACAGUAUCAGCGUCAAUGGAACCUGUCUCACCGUCACCGAGUUCACCAAGUCAUCAUUCAAGAUUGGAUGCGCUCCCGAAACACUCCGGCGCACAAACUUGGGGUCGCUGCAAGAGGGCUCCAAAGUCAACCUGGAGCGCGCUGUCUCUGCAGACACACGCAUGGGCGGCCACUUCGUUCAGGGUCAUGUCGACACCAUCGCCACCAUCGAGUCCGUCACGCCCGACGGCAACGCCCUGACUUUCCGCUUCAAACCUCGCGAUACUUCGGUGCUACGAUACAUUGUUGAGAAGGGCUAUGUUACCAUAGACGGAGCUAGCUUGACUGUAACCAAGGUGCAAGACGGGCCUGAGGGUUGGUGGGAGGUCAUGUUGAUUGCCUAUACGCAGGAAAAAGUAGUCACGGCUGGCAAGAAACCAGGCGACGACGUCAACGUCGAGGUGGACCAGGUUGGCAAAUACGUGGAGAAGAGCGUGGCUGGAUACUUUGAGGGAUCGUCAAACGGCGAAUUUGCGAUACUGGAGAAGAUGGUUUCAAAAUUAGUCGACGAGAGACUGAAGGCUCUUGGGAAGUCGUAG